GAAGGAAAUAAAUAGCUAUAAGGAAAUAAUAUCAUAUGAGUCGACAUUAUGACUCUAUAGCAGAGUGGUAUAUGAUUUCAUCAUUGGCAAUGUUUGGAUCAUUUGGAUCACACUUUUUAUUUGUAAUAUUUCAAACUAAAGAGGAAGCAAGAGUUAACGAAGUCAAGAUGCAUCGAGAUAGAAUUUACUACUACUAUGGUGACCCAGAAAGAUCGGCGGCUCCAGUUUUCACCGUGAAAAAUGGCCGUUCUGUGCCUGGCAACCGUCACAACGAACGCUCAACAAAUUAUGAUGACUGGGAGGAACCUACAUACCAUGACAAUUUGACAUUUAAUAGGAACAUUAUGCAAAAUGAACGACAACGAUAUGAAAUUGGGCCAAAAAGAACAAAAUCAACGGGAAAAUUGGCUCUUAUAUGGAAACAAAUGGUCAGCGUGAUGUGCUUCCAGGCUCGCCGCCGGUUACAACCGCGACAGGACAAGACGCGACGGACGUUGGACCUCGUAGGCAACAUUCGACUCUCCCGGUGAUGAAACACAUGGAGGGGGAAAAAAAAACAGACCUCGAAAAAUGGCGAUUGUUGCAGUUAUUGUUCUUAUUAUCCUUUGCCUGUUAAUAAUCCUUGGUGCUGGUCUCAAUGCCAUCCUCUUCCUCUUGGGUCCAUUCGCUGCAACCUCACCAGCAGCAACGACAGUCCAACCUUAUGUACCUGUCACUCCUAGACCAGUAAUGGCUGUAGUUGUUGGAGUAGAACUGGACGCAACAGUGAAGUUAUCGAAUCGAGCCUUUGUUCCUGCCUACAACAACGAAUUAUCGCCUCAAUACCAAGAGCUUUCUCAAACCUUCACAAACACGAUGGAUGCAGUGUUUUUGAACAGCGAUCUAAGUGACAUCUACAAUGGUACAGUUGUCAACGGAUUCACUCAAGGGAGUGUCAUCGUGAACUUCACCAUCAACCUGAUACGAGCGCCGACAGCGCCGACAGUCACGGGUUCGACGACGAUGUCAUCGGGUGUCGGGAGCAUCGAUGACCAGAUCAACUCGGUCAGAGGACAGGUCGAAGUCUCCAUUAAGGAGAUCAUUCAGAUUGCCGACGACAAUGGCGACCUCACCACACUCGGGGUCGAUUCGACGACACUUUCGGUGACAGAUGUUUCUGUUGACGUCGAAACAACAACAGUCACUGAAACACCCGCAACAACGAUUGCUCCUUCCACAAAAACUCCAGAUGAAGAACCUCCUGUCCUUGUCUGUCCCGACGAUGUCACGGCAGAGACAGAGGCUGGGGCAGCUUUUGGGAUCAUAUCCUGGACUAGUCCAACGGCAACAGAUAACUCAGGAGAGGUUACAGUGGAAACAGAUUUUGUUCCGGGUCAGUUGCCUAUUGGAAGCCGCAACAUCACGGUCACUGCCACAGACGCUUCAGGGAAUACAGCAGAGUGUGUGAUUGUUGCAACAGUAGUUGACAUUGAGGCACCCAUUGCCAUCUGCCCUGAGGACAUCACUAGGAACACAGAUUUAGGACAGGCCUAUGCCACCAUAUCCUGGAGCAGCCCUCGAGGCACAGACAACUCUGGAACCAUAUCAAGCAUCAACGCAGAUCCCCGUGAAGGGCAGUUUGCGAUUGGCAGUCAUGUGAUCACUGUGACGGUGGUUGAUCCUGCAGGCCUGGAAGGCCAGUGCACCUUUGAUAUUGUGGUUCAAGAUAAUGAGGCACCAACAUUGGAAUGUCCUGCCACCAUUGAAGUAAGCACGGAUGUGGGUAGUCCCUCAUCCAUCGUCACCUGGACAGUCUUGGGCCAAGAUAACUCUGGCUCAGUAUCUAGUCUUUCAUCAUCACCGUCUCCUGGGGAAAGCUUUGCAAUCAGUACCACCACUGUCGUAGUCACAGCUCUUGAUCAAAGUGGCAACAUGGGACAGUGCUCAUUCAAUGUUAUUGUGUUCGAUUCUGAACUGCCUGUCAUCACGUGCCCUGCCAGCAUAAUCCAAGCCACUGACCUGGGUAGCUCAUCUGCCACUGUCAUGUGGCAAGUCACUGCUGCAGAUAAUUCAGGGGAUCCCCCCACCAUUACAUCAUCACAUGAACCAGGCAUGCUUUCCUUUGGUACUCUCACUGUGGUCGCCAUGGCAAUAGAUUCAUCAGAAAACACAGCAUCAUGCAGCUUUACAGUCCAAAUCGUUGACGAAGAAGCACCAUUAAUCACAUGCCCAAACAACAUCACAGUUGCAACCGAUGUGGGCGCAUCUUCAGCAAUCAUCACAUGGGCUGGCCCAUUUGCGUCGGACAACACUGGUCAAGCGACUGCCAUGACGGACAUAUCAUUAGGCCUCUGGCCAAUAGGGAUCCAGACGGUCACUGGCACAGCAGUGGACGGGUCUGGCAAUGAGGCUCAGUGUACUUUCUGGGUGAAUGUUCAAGAUUUGGAGAAUCCAGUGGUUUUGUGCCCAGCAGACAUCACAAGUGAACUGGUAGCAGUCCCAGUCACAUGGGAUGCCACAGCUACUGAUAACUCAGAGAUGAUUGCUAAUCUCACCAGCAGUCCCUCUACAUCAGAUGUCGUCCUUGGGACAAACACAGUGACUGUGAUAGCCAUGGAUCCUUCAGGCAACAAGGCGGAGUGCUCUUUUGUGGUCAUUUUGACUGAUACCACUGCACCCACCAUCACCUGUCCAGAUGAUGUCUCUGGCACUCUGGCUGCUGAACAAUCAAGCGUGACCCUAGCAUGGGUAGAACCUUCAGCCACAGACCUCUCUGGCGAUGUGACGGUCACCGCUUCACAUUCUUCUGGAGAUUAUAGCAUUGGUCAAGUCAAUGUGACGGCCAGUGCAACAGAUUCGUCUGGGAACCAAGCAAGUUGUUUCUUUCUUGUGACUGUCACAGAUAUGCAAGAUCCCAUGAUCAGCAGUUGUCCACCUUCCCAAUCAGUCAAUACCGAUAACGGAUUAGCCACUGCAGUGGUCAGUUGGACACCACCUACGGCCUGGGAUAACUCUGGUUCUGUGUCGCUGACCUCUCACUACAGCUCUGGGGAUCCCUUCCCUAUUGGAAGCACUCAGGUGACUUACACUGCCACUGAUGGCUCAGGCAAUUCAGUCAUGACGUGUACCUUUGAUAUAGCAGUGCAUGAUAAUGAGAAGCCAGUCAUAAGUGGAUGCCCAAGUGAUCAGAAUGUCACCACAGACUUUGGGAAUGCUACAGCUGUAGUAACCUGGACACCACCUACAGCAACAGAUAACUCUGGUUACCACACACUGACAUCCACUGACAAUCCUGGAGACUACUUUCCAAUUGGAAACAACACAGUAACCUACUAUGCAAGCGAUGAUGCAGGAAAUACAGAAACAUGCACCUUCUUUGUAGUUGUGUCUGAUAAUGAGAAGCCAGUCAUAAGUAGAUGCCCAAGUGAUCAGAAUGUCACCACAUACUUUGGCAAUGCUACAGCUGUAGUAACCUGGACACCACCUACAGCAACAGAUAACUCUGGUAACCAGACACUGACAUCCACUGACAAUCCUGGAGACUACUUUCCAAUUGGAAACAACACAGUAACCUACUAUGCAAGCGAUGAUGCAGGAAAUAUAAAAACAUGCACCUUCUUUGUAGUUGUGUCUGAUAAUGAGAAGCCAGUCAUAAGUGGAUGCCCAAGUGAUCAGAAUGUCACCACAGACUUUGGGAAUGCUACAGCUGUAGUAACCUGGACACCACCUACAGCAACAGAUAAGUCUGGUAACCAGACACUGACAUCCACUGACAAUCCUGGAGACUACUUUCCAAUUGGAAACAACAAAGUAACCUACUAUACAAGCGAUGACGCAGGAAAUACAGAAAUAUGCACCUUCUUUGUAGUUGUAUCUGAUAAUGAGAAACCAGUCAUGAGUGGAUGCCCAAGUGAUCAGAAUGUCACCACAGACUUUGGGAAUGCUACAGCUGUAGUAACCUGGACACCACCUACAGCAACAGAUAACUCUGGUAACCAGACACUGACAUCCACAGACAAUCCUGGAGAUUACUUUCCAAUCGGAAACAACACAGUAACCUACUAUGCAAGCGAUGAUGCAGGAAAUACAGAAAUAUGCACCUUCUUUGUAGUUGUGUCUGAUAAUGAGAAGCCAGUCAUCAGUGGAUGCCCAAGUGAUCAGAAUGUCACCACAGACUUUGGGAAUGCUACAGCUGUAGUAACCUGGACACCACCUACAGCAACAGAUAACUCUGGUAACCAGACACUGACAUCCUCUCACAAUUCUGGAGACUACUUUCCUAUCGGAAACAACACAGUGACCUACACAUCAACAGAUGGUGCAGGAAAUACAGAGACAUGCACCUUUAAUCUUGUUGUUACAGACCCGAUGGUUAAUAUAUCCCCCUUGUUAAUGAAAUAUAUAAUCUGA